AUGGAGACACCUCGUUCAGACCACACGCAUACCAAUGCAACAAGUCGAACUGCCUCGAUCGGAUCUGGCUCCGGCCAGGUCGACUAUCUCGACCUUCCCACCCGCGAACUGAAUGACGGCGCCGACCUCCGCGAAUACACUACCGAGACACGAAAUGGAGAGAUCAUCAAACCUAUCAAGUCUAAUGCCACCGGUAAAAUGGAGGAUUGGAAACUGGUAACAUUCACCAUAGACGAUCCUGAGAAUCCCAAGAAUUGGUCGAAGGCAUACAAGUGGUAUUGCACCAUGGUUGUUGCCUUUACUUGUUUCGUCGUCGCAUUUGCCAGCAGUGUCAUCACAGCUGAUUUGGAGGGCCCAAUGAAAGACUUCGGAGUCUCCCGCGAAGUCAGUUUUGUUACUGUGACUGUCUUCGUUGUUGGUUUUGGUGUCGGCCCCAUGGCUUUCGCCCCAAUGUCAGAAAUGUUCGGAAGACGCCCAGUAUAUGCCCUCACGCUUUUCAUCGCUGUUAUUUUUGUCAUCCCAUGUGCUGUGUCGAAGAACAUUGGAACUCUGAUCGUUUGUCGACUGAUCGAUGGAAUUGCUUUCAGCGCCCCGAUGACGCUAGUCGGUGGUACCUUGGCCGAUCUGUGGAGAAGCGAGGAACGAGGAGUCCCCAUGGCAGCAUUCAGUGCUGCUCCAUUUAUUGGCCCCGCCAUCGGUCCCCUCGCCGGCGGUUUCCUUAGUGACAACUGCGGCUGGAGGUGGUUGUACUGGCUUCAACUAAUCCUGUCCUUCGUUGCUUGGGUUCUCAUUACUUUCACUGUCCCUGAGACUUAUGCUCCUAUUCUUCUCCAAAAGCGAGCCAAGAAGUUGCGAGCAGAGGAAAAUGACCCCAAGUAUACCACCGAGGCUGAGCUCGACCCUCGCCCCAUGGGACAGAAGCUGCGCAUCUUCCUUUUCCGACCUUUCCAGCUCCUUUUUCUCGAGCCAAUUGUCUUCUUCAUCGCCCUCUACAUGUCUGUUUUGUAUGGCUUGCUUUACAUGUUCUUUGUUGCAUACCCAAUUGUUUAUCAAUUAGGUAAGGGCUGGAGCGCUUCCUCUACAGGCCUUAUGUUCAUUCCUUUGGCCAUCGGUGUGCUUAUGAGUGCUGCCUGUGCGCCAUUCGUGAACAAGAACUAUCUCAAGAUCAGCCAGAAAUACGAUGGAAAGCCCCCCGCUGAAAUGCGUCUCAUCCCAAUGAUGUGGGCGUGCUGGCUCAUUCCUGUUGGCCUCUUCAUCUUUGCUUGGACCUCAUACCCUCAAAUCCACUGGUUCGGACCCGCUAUUGGAGGAUGGCCAGUUGGGUUCGGUUUCAUUUUCCUUUAUAACUCUGCCAACAACUACUUAGUCGACACAUACCAGCAUCAAGCCGCAUCGGCCCUGGCUGCGAAGACAUUUUUGCGAUCCAUGUGGGGUGCCUCCACCGUCCUUUUCACCGAGCAGAUGUACAAUCGACUCGGAUACCAAUGGGCGAGCUCUCUUCUCGCAUUCAUUGCGUUGGCUUGUUGUGCAAUUCCAUAUGUCUUUUUUUAUAAAGGAGAGGCCAUUCGGCGCUUCUCAAAGUAUGCCUUUGCUGAUGACGAGGAGCAAGCUGUCAAGGCUUGA